AUGAACACAAAUGAACUUGUAAUCUUUCUGACUGAAACAGUUCAUAGCAGCAGUGAGAGUGAGUCAAGCGGUUGGAGUGAUGUUUGUAGCAUCAAGCCUGAGAGUUCAGAAGACGAAGACGAACGUGGUGAUGACGAUGAUGAUACACUGUUCUUCCCUCUAAUGCAAUAUCUUAUACGACUGAGACGCAAAAGGGUGGAUGAUUAUUUGCAUAUAAUAGACUCUUGGACAGAUUCCAAAUUCAAAACUAAGAUGAGAGUCUCUAGAAAAACGGCGUUUCGGCUUAUUGAUGAAUUAGAAAAGUCUGGAUUUAUUGCUUCACAUAAAUUCGGAUUAAAACCGCUGGAGCCUAAGUUAUGCUUUUACAUAUUUUUAUCAUUCAUUGCUAAUACAGAACCAUUGACUCCUAUUGCAACCAGAUUUGAUAUUUCCAUCUCAUCAACAUUUAGAGUAAUAAGAAGAGUUGUUGCUUGGAUUUUAACUAAACUUAAUGAUGCCAUAAAAUGGCCUCAAAACUUGGAAGAAAUACAGUACAUAUGUGAUGCAUUUCAUGCUAAGACUGGUAUUGCAAACAUGGUGGGAGUUAUAGACUGUACUCAUAUUAAGAUAGAGAAGCCAAAAAACGCAAGAGACUAUUGUAAUCCCAAGGGAUACUUUUCAAUUAUCUUACAAACUACAAUUGAUGCAAAUUUAAGAUUCACUAACGUAUUUUGUGGAGAACCAGGCUCUUCAAAUAGCUCUAGAGUACUAAAGAAAUCACCUUUGUAUCACACAGCUACACAAAACAAAGACUCUUUGUUCCCACAUAACACCUUCCUUGUAGGUCAUUCAGGAUAUCCUUCAUUGCCAUGGCUUUUACCACCAUUUCGGGAAAACAAGAGAUUAACACCACAGCAAAGAGAAUUUAAUUCUUUGCAUAUAACUACUAGGAAAUUAAGUGAUAAAGCAUUCAGUCUUUUAAAAGGAAGAUUUAGAAGAAUAAAACUAUUUACUGUGUAUAGAAAUAUAGCCUUUAUAACUGAUACAAUUGUUGCUGCAUGUGUUCUUCACAACUAUUGUCUUGAUGAAAAUGAUCAUUUAGAAGAACAUGAUUAA